ACUUCCGGUCCGAGGUCCAUCCCAUUCAGUUGUUUUCACUCUAACUCCGAUCAAGCAGUGCGCCAUUUUCGUGCUGUAAAACGCUAUAGACCGCAAACGAGAGCGGGUUAUCUUUUCUAUCCUAUGGUUAGCAGUAGCACCUCUUCCAGCAGUAGCAGGUAUAACAGAGUGUCGAAAAUACUGUCAGUAUGACGAUCGCACUGGCAUUGUGUGCGAGUGUCCUCGCUAUUUUGAGUUCAACGACCGUGAGUACUACAGAACACUUCGUACCACUCGACUCUACGGACCUGCACUACCGAGUACGCCGCCAGGGGCCGCUCGCCUUUGCCCAGCGCCCUGUCAGCAUCUCCGCGGAGCUGGAAGACACUGUCAUCUUCCAGUGUUCUGCGGAGUCCAACGGCGGACAGCCAACUUCAACAUGGCAUAAGGAUGGGCAGAGAGUUGCUUCCUCCCAGACUGGAAUUUUCCUCCUGGCCAAUAAGAACCUUCUGGUGCUGGUGUCACGUGACAACCUCGGCACCUACACAUGUCAGUUGGAGUUGGAUGGUGACGUCAUCACGGCUGACGCCAGGCUCACUUUGAAGUCAGAUGAAGACAAAGUUGACUUCCUAGAACGUCCCCAGAACGCGUCUGUCAACUUUGGAGAACGCCAGGUUUUCAGGUGUAAGGUCGCUGGUGACAUCCAACCAGCAUGGCUGAAGGACGGGAGCUCCAUGUUCCUUGACGGACAGAGGGUGUUCCAGCAUCGGGGGGACCUGCACAUCACCUCCGCCACCGUGGCUGACACCGGUCGGUACACCUGUUCAGUGAGUAACGGGGAGCAAACAGCGGAGGUGCAUGCCUGGCUAGCCGUUAACGUGGACACUGAACUGGUUUGCGGUCGCCCCGUGUAUAAAAAGGGCCCCGAAGGUUUUAUUGUGGGCGGGACGGAGGCUGAUCCAGGCACCAUCCCAUGGCAGGCCAUGUUGUGGGACGUGAGGCCUACUAGAAACAGGCACUUCUGUGGCGGCGCUUUGGUCAACUCUCAGUGGGUCGUCACUGCGGCUCACUGCAUCGUGGAGGCAGAGGUUACAAAGGACGACUUCAUAGUUCGCCUGGGUAAGCAAGUGGCAAAGCGCGGGGUUUUCGAGGAGAACGAGCGGUCCUACACGGUGCAGGAGGUUGUCGUGUACGACGGGUUCGUCCACGACACGUACGACGCGGAUCUUGCACUCAUACGUCUGACAGAGAAGGUACUGUACACGGACUACAUCCUGCCGGUGUGCUUGCCGUCUGUGGGCCGCGCUAGGCGUCUCAUCCGGCCGGGCUCUGCCGGAACUGUGUCGGGAUGGGGCCGUGUGGUGGAGGGAGGACCUUACUCUAAUGUUCUAAAAAAGGUGCUGAUUCCCAGGGUGUCGCAGGGCCGUUGCCGGAGGGCACACCCACAGUAUGACGUCACCAGAAACAUGUUCUGCGCAGGUCGACCCGGUGGGGGAGAGGACGCGUGCGACGGGGACAGUGGAGGCCCUUUCACCGUUUUUGACGAAGACCGUGAGUACCUGCUCGGCGUGGUGAGCUGGGGAGACGGCUGUGCCUUGGCGGGAAAGUUCGGAGUGUACACGCGGCUGCACAAGUUCUUCGCCUGGAUACAAGCUACCAUCGUAGAAGAAAAUGACCAAGAAGAGGCAGGGUGCGUGAACCUCGGUGCCAUCGCAAACGGCAGGGUGGUUAUUGACAACAGCGCCACCCCCGCCCAAGCCCGGUACUACUGUGACGCUGGCUACCGUUUGGAGGGUACCGCUGUGCGCAUGUGCGAUUCGGGUGGACGAUGGAGUGAGGAAACACCAAGAUGCACUGCAUUGCAGUGCCCACCUGUUGAAGCCCCGAGAAACGGUGCCGUACGGACACCGAGGAGACAACACGGAGACGUGACCGCGUACACGUGCGACUCUGGGUACGAGUUGAAGGGGCCGAGAAGUCGUGUCUGUCAGUACGGGGAGUGGGUUGGGAACGAGCCGAGGUGUGAACCCGCGGGUUGUUCCAUUCCAAACCGUCCCGAGAACGGCCACGUACGUUAUGAGACCCGAACUCACGGCUCCCUAGCGACAUAUACCUGCACGACAGGUUACGACUUGGCCGGGCCGCACAUGCGGGAGUGCGUCAGAGGACAGUGGGCAGGCAGCGAGCCAGCCUGCGAGAAAGGAGCGGUGCUGUGUCCGCCCGUCGAAGCCCCGGCGAACGGCGCUGUACAAGUGUCGGGGAGGCAAGCUGGGGACAGGGCCAGGUUUACGUGUGCUCCUGGGUACAACAUCAUAGGGCCGCAAAGCAUUCUGUGUGAGGACGGAGUCUGGGCUGGGGACGAGCCGACAUGUCAGCCUAAACAAGAGGACUUUCCCCGUGACUGUACCGACUGGUACGACCAGGGACAGAAGGACUCCGGUGUCUACUCCAUCCAGCCUUCAGACGACUCCGGCGGCAUCUCCAGCGCCUGGUGUGAGUUUGAUGAGGACGGCGCCUGGACAGUCAUCCAGCGGAGACAAGACGGCUCUGUCGACUUCUUCCGCAGCUGGCAGGAAUACAAGGACGGUUUUGGUGACGCGGCAGGAGAAUAUUGGCUUGGUAACGACAAUAUCUAUCACCUUACCAACCAAGCUCAAUACAAGCUACGUAUAGACAUGGAGGCCUUCGACGGGCGAACGUUCUUCGCCGAAUAUUCACAUUUCCGAGUAGAGAACGAAGCCAACGACUACAAACUUCGGCUCGGAAACCAUUCGGGAAACAUCCGAGAUGGCAUGACGAAGUUGGACAGAGAUCAACCAUUUACAACUAAAGACCAUGGAGCGAGACAGGGGUCGCACUGCGCAAGCGUACAGAAAACCGGCUGGUGGUUUGGCAACGUGUGUCUUAACUGGGCCAACUUGAACGGGGUCUACAAAGACAGUGGGGAAUACACCGGGGAGCAAAAUGGCAUCUUCUGGUUCCCACUCAGAGGGCAUGGCUACCCCAAACUACACUCCCUGAAAAAGGUGACUAUGAAGUUACGCCGCCUAGCAGAACCUGACGAAACCGCAAGUGGAAAGGACUGCGCUGAACUGUACAGCCAAGGGAAGAAGGGCAGUGGCGUACACGUCAUUGGCGACGGCGUCAUGGUUUACUGCGACAUGGAAACGAGUGGAGGAGGAUGGACGGUGAUCCAAAAGCGACAGGACGGUUCAACAGACUUUUUUCUUGAAAAAGGUUGGGAAGAAUACAAACGGGGGUUUGGUGUAGCUCAUGCAGAGUAUUGGCUUGGUAACGACAACAUCUACGAUCUAGUAGGAGGAGAAACGCCUAAUAGACUACGCAUUGAUAUCGAGGACUGGAAUGGCGAGAAAAGGUACGCAGAAUACGGUGAAUUUAGAAUUGCUGGCCCCGACGACAACUACAGACUCCACCUGGCGGAGUAUAGUGGAACUGCAGGAGAUGCCAUGCUGAAUUCACGCAAGGUGAGCAACAACGGAUUGCAGUUCAGCACCAAGGACAGGGACAACGAUCCCAACGACAUCUCGAACUGUGCCGUGCAGUUUAAAGGUGCUUGGUGGUACAGCAAUUGCGGAUCAUCAAACCUUAACGGUAAAUACUACACGGAAGAGCCAAAACACAACGUUCACGGGGGCAUCUUUUGGCAGCCAUGGAAGGAUAGAUACUACUCCUUCAAAAAAGUAGAGAUGAAGGUUCGUCCCGCCAGUUUUCCAGACAAUGAUGAUGUUGAGCCCACUCCAACACAAACACCGGCUCCUGAAGAGUGUAAAGGACAGUGCGGCGGCUCGAACUGUGAGUUAAAGAGUGUGAAGAAUCCUGUGGACCACAGAACGUCUGGUUUUUACCAGGGGGCAUGGAUGAAGGAUCCCACCGGCGACCCCGACACCAUCUACUACAUGAACAACUACUACGUAGGAUCCAUUCUGGUUUACAGAAACCUGGAAGACUUCAAGAACGACCUUCAGCAAAAGACUAUCAAGGUGUCUGCCUGCGGCACAGGUCAUGCUGUCUACAACGGCAACUUCUAUUCUACAAGAUAUCACAGUAACACGAUGUUCAAGAUGAACUUGAAGACAGGGGCUACGGUCGAAAGGGUCCUUCUAAACGCUGGAAGCAAGAACACGUACCACUACCAAGGAAAGGGUCUCACGGACAUAGACUUUGCAGUCGACGAGAAAGGAUUAUGGGUAAUAUACGCCACGCCCCAAAAUGGCGGCCGCAUCGUGGUGAGUCGUCUGAAUCCGGAGGACCUGUCAAUCAUGCAAACGUGGAACACGACGUACAACAAGAAAAAUGCUGCCAACGCUUUCAUGAUAUGUGGAGUGCUGUACACAGUUGUUCGGCAGCGAGGGGUCGACUACUCCUUUAACACGACGACCGGACAGGAGGGUUCUCCCGGCCUGCCAUUUCCUACUGUGACCAGUGACAUCCGGCAUCUGUCCUACAACCAUCGGGAACGGAAGCUGUACGCCUGGCGCGCGGGGCACCAAGUCACGUAUGACUUAGAAAUCGCCGGUCUGCCUGACAAGGGGAGUGCACCAAAAUUAUGUAGAGGAAAAGUAUGCAAAGAUUGUUCCGAUGCUUACAACUACCACAAACAAGAUGGCGUCUACACAAUUGAGCCAGAACCAGGCAUGUCAUUCCAGGUCUACUGUCGUAUGGUUGGCGGAGGUGGGUGGACUGUGAUUCAGCGGAGAAAGGACGGCUCCGAAAAUUUCUAUCGCGCCUGGAACGACUACAAAGAUGGAUUCGGAACCCCGGGGGACGAGACGUGGCUUGGGAACGAGAAGAUCCAUGCGCUCACCAAACGCGGUGUAUACAAACUCCGUGUCGACCUGGUCGAUUACCAGGGGAACGAAGAAUAUGCGGAAUACGACCUGUUCUACAUUGCAGGCGAGAAAGACAUGUACAAACUGCGUCUGGGAGACUACAGUGGCACCGCGGGGGAUUCCUUACGUUACCAUGCCAACCACCCGUUCAGCACCAAGGACAGGGACAACGAUGGUCACGGAACAAACUGUGCGGCCGUGAAUAAAGGAGGAUGGUGGCACGAUGGCUGUUACAACGCCAACCUGAACGGGAAGUGGUACCCACAGGAGUCCCACACACGGCACCCUGACGGACUGGUGUGGUGGCAGUGGCCGCACUGGGAGAACAACUACCAAUUCUCGCUCAAGUCCACGGAGAUGAGGAUCAAGUUUCAACCAGACGCUCAAGAUACCGAAUUGUACGUAGACUGUGACGCCGUGAAACGCUCAGGUGCACAGAGCAGCGGAGUGUUCUGGAUCCGUCCGCGGUACGUGCUCGAGCCUUUCCCCGUCCGCUGCGACUUGCAAGACGGUCAAGGCGCCUGGACCGUCAUCCAGCAGCGAAAGCACACCGAGAGUGAGAACUUCACGCGGGGUUGGGAAGACUACAAGAACGGUUUCGGCGUCAUCUCCCGAGAAUACUGGCUUGGAAACGAAAAGAUUCACCUACUCACGAAGGAAGGGGGCGUCAGGGUCAAGAUCCAAGUUGAAUCCUUCGGUGGUCUACGACAAUCGUACGAGUUCGAUAACUUUAAGGUGGCGGGAGAAGAGGAGAACUACCGGUUGACGUUGACCGACUAUACAGGAAGACCCGAUUCGUGCAUGGAAAGAGCUGGUCAGGACUUGAAUGGGAUGGCGUUCAGCACCAUAGACAGGGACAAUGACAGGGCUGGGUACAGUUGUGCGGAGAGGUGGAAUGGGGGCUGGUGGUAUAGGGGCUGCUCUCUACUGAUACUUAACGGGGUCAUAAAGGAAUAUAAUGGCCACGAUGAGUACCGUGAAGUAACGGGGAGAGGGGAGGGCCUAUAUAACGUUUGCUUACAGCAAGGACCACCCGUAUCGCUUAGUACAGUCACUAUUAAGAUACAGGCCAGGGAGCGGGCCGACGUGUACCGGGACUGUGACCACGCUCGUGGCGAAGGGAAAACAGCCAGCGGGGUCUACCAGAUUCAACCCCAGGGGGCAACCGCACCUUUCUCCGUCUUCUGCGAGAUGGAGUCUUCGGGGGGAGGCUGGACUGUGAUCCAAACGGCGAACCAAGGGAAGGCACGGGUCAACUUCACCCGGGGCUGGGACGACUACAAGACAGGUUUCGGUGACCUAGAGGGUGAGUUGUGGCUCGGGUUGGAAAACAUAUACACUCUGACCAACCAGGGCCAGUAUGCGCUCCAGAUAGACUUCAAGAGCUACACAGGGGUUUCCAGCUACACUUUAUACUCCUCCUUCAAAGUGGCAAGCGAGGCAGACAGCUACCGCUUACAUCUGGGACAACGGUUAAGGGGUACUAGCGAUUGUUUGAACACUCGCUCAACUGGAAAGAACGUCACUGGAAUGGCCUUCUCGACAUUUGACAGGGACCACGACCUGGCGAGGUAUAACUGUGCGGAGAAGUUCAGAGGCGGCUGGUGGUUUAAUAGCUGCUCCAGUGUAAUUCUUAACGGGGUGAAAAAGUACUGGAAAACCCAUGAUCAGUACUACAAGGAGGUCCGCCAAGGUCUUGGCCUGUACAACGUGUGUCUGCAACAGGGUCCACCAGUCUCUCUCUCUGACGUCAUUAUGAAGAUCUCUACAUUUCCUAAUUUGUCGUAGUUCAAGCACAUGUGGCGUCCCAACACACGUGAUUCUUAAAUUCUGGUCCAGUAAAGGGAUGUCUUUGUACAUUCAAUACACGUUGGCAGUAUGUCUUACACUACCUGUGGUUCAUGUGUUUUCUAUUAUCUCAGUCAAUAAAACAUGAAGAAUAUUGAUCUUACAAAGCAAA